AUGGUCUAUGUUGAUAAUGUUAUUGAAGUUGAAGUUGAUUCAAGCAAUGAAGCUCUUGAACAAUUUUUCAGAGGUCAGGAACGUCGGCGUGUUGCUGACACAUUGUUGAAUAAGCAAAGCAGCCGAUCACAUUCAGUUUUUAAUAUCCGUCUAGUAAUGGCUCCUUGUCAAUUUGAUGUUUUUUAUCCCGUCACAGAUUCUUCAAAGAUGUAUUUUCCAUCAGUUUUUUUACAGAUUCAUGUCAGUCAAUUAUCAUUGGUAGAUCUAGCUGGCUCAGAGCGAACUAAAAGAACGGGAAAUGAGGGAACUCGGCUCUUAGAAACUGGCAAAAUUAAUCAAAGUUUAUUUGUGCUGCGUCAAUGUUUUGAAAAAUUAAGAGAAAACCAGCGUGGUUUUUCAGCGCUAGUACCAGUUCCUUAUCGGGACUCCAAGUUAACAUAUUUGUUUAAAAAUUAUUUCGAAGGUAAUGGUAAAGUUCGGAUGAUUGUUUGUGUGAAUCCUCAGCCUACAGAUUAUCCAGAGAACUUGUCGAAAUAUAAUAUUCCUUUUAAGAGUGUUCUAAGUUUUGCGGAAAUUACUCAAAAUAUUGAAGUAUGCAAAGGCGCUGAACCUCUUGUUAUUAUGUCUGAUGGAUUACCUAUAAGUCGACGCGAUUAUAUCAAAUGGUGUAAUGAAAUCGAUCAUUUCAUUCCGAAAUCGAAAAGCUCGAUAUUACCGAAGUCUCCUUGUAUUGAAUUUAAUGGAAUGGAUGACGAUGAAUUUAUUUCUCGACUUCGAUCUUUUUAUCAACAGUUGACGCAGAAAAGUGUGGCUAUGUGUGAUGUCAUUGAGCAGAGGGAAUUAAUGGAUGAUUUUCGUUCUUCAGAAAAUGAAUUUGAAAUAAAAUUGAAGCGUAUCUUAUGUCUCAUGGAUUUACAAAAUCUAAGAAUGAGUGGAUUAGAAAUGGAAAAAGAUGAAAGAGAGCGCACAAUAAUUCUUCUUAAUGCUCAGUUAAAACAAGCAAAAUUAUUUUCUUCGCUGUCUUUUAUAUUUUUUAAAAAUGUUCUUCAUAAACUACAGCGUGAGAACCAAGCUCUUCUCCGUCGCAUUCAGCGUUAUGAAAAUGAUGAAAGUGAAAAAGGGAACCUUGAAGCAGAGCAAAAGCGACGUGAGAAAGAAUAUGAAGGAAAGCUAAAAAAAAAGGACAAAAUGUUGCACUGCAAAAUCGGAACUGUUUUGUUUAAAUUUUUUCUGGCGCUUACACUCGGUACAUCGAAGGGAACUCGGCGAGCUGAAUUUGGACAAGGAUAUACAAAUGUUGCUGCAAAAAUCGGAUUCUAUAACGCCCGUUUUCAUCGUAGAUCAAAAAGUGCUAAUGGUCGUAUAAUUGAUCACCAGUCACGCCAUAAAAUCCCCGAAGGAACAAUAAUGCAACCAAGAAAUUUGAAAAACUGCAAGCAAACUGUUAAGCCAGAAGCAUCUGAUUUAAGAAAGAGCAUAGAAUAUUUGCUCACUCAUCAAGAAGUUGAUGAAGAAGGGAAUUUAAGUACACAUUUGAUUAAGGGUGAUUGCAUACCAACAGCUGGUGGUGGAACAGCGGUUCAUUUUAAAGAUGUUGAAUGCCUUACACAUAAUGCACCAUGUUGA